CUUUAAACAACAUUAACUCUAGCCUACAUGGUCUACCCGAGGCACGGUAGUCUUCCCUGGACCGCCUGUGCUAGCGAUAUGCUGAGACAUAGGACUAGCAGCUCCAGAGUUGUCGCUAUCAACAUACAUACGCAAGUUAAGGCGCCUUGCCCAUUUUGUCGUUAUCACUGACUUUCCAGUAGUAUGGGAAUAUCGUUGUCAGUGGAAGGCUCUGUAAGCCAAGGCUGCGCCUGUCAUGUCUGCUCGCGCGCUGGGGCACGUUCUGAUGGGAAGACUAUCGGGAAGACGCCUACCCUAAGGCGGGCCCCUGGGUCAUAACUCAAGUGCAAUAUUUGCUGCCCAGGCGUUCAAAGUGUCUUCUACAGUUCCCUUCCCUCUGACACGCUUCCAUCAUCAACAAGGUGCGCAAUGGUGGCAGAAGUAGAAGGAUUCAUAACUCUUGAGCCGCAACCCCAGUCGCACCCGCCCUCUCAAGCAUCUAAUUCUUACAUCGUACAUCAUUGGGCUACAAAUGGCCAGAUCACUCCUGGAACCAUCACCUACACGACGAGCAGUAAUGCAGACGGUCACGUUAUAAAUCAUCCUUUCAGGGCGGUGCCUGCAAGCUAUCAGACCUCCCAAGGAAUUGUGCAUGGUCUUCAAUGGGUUCCUGCUGAUGCCACACAGAUCUCGCUAACAGGCGCUCAGCUCUCCAAUACAGGACUUGCGGCAGGAUCCUUUGAUCUCGAUUCUUUGCGUAAAGAGGAUGAUGCGGCAUCUCAGAAGUUGUAUGAACAAACCCUCCAAUCCACUCUUCCCGGUGCACCUGAUACCAUCGCGAUGGCAGCAUCCCUGUUUUCCCCUCGAGGGCGCUCUCCUCAAGGUACUCGUGCGCCUUCUCCAGUGUCGCUACUACAACAUCCUUCACACUCACGCUCUCCUUCCCGCGCGCCGUCCACAUACCAAAGUAGUCAGCAGUCGACGUCACCCUAUCCUUCCUACCGCACUUCUUCGUCUGGUGUUGACAUUCACCCGCAUGUGCCACCCCCAUACCAGAGUCGUCGGCAGUUGGGAUCAAGCUAUCCUCUCCAAUACACUCCUUCACCUUAUGUCCCCCCUCCACAAGUUGUAUACCCGCACGGGUAUGCCUUGGAUGAUCAGCCUAUUUUGGCUUCCCAGUUGCAAGUACCUACUUCAUUUCCAAAUAUACCUUCUGGACCAGGAUUUUAUUCAUCCUCGCGUAUGCCCAUCGUUACAGUCCAUAGAGAAUCAGUGUCACACCCUUCUCUACAUCCGUUCGCCCGUACACCAAAUACUACUCAAGCUUACGCUCCAUUCAGCAUGACAAGGAUUCAAGGAAUGGAUCAAUUUCUCAGCCAGAUUCCAAGCAUGCCAUCGGUGCUCAAUACCCAUGAUGUUUACGACCAGGAUUGGAGCACAUUUAUGAAUAGUAUUUCUUUUGCGUGGAAGGGAACACUACCCCUUCCCACGUUUGCCAGGGGCUUUUUGCGGAGCUCAAUUGUUGCAGAUUUGAUUAGUCGGUGGAACAAUUCCUUCUUCCUUCCCCGCCGAGUAGAGAUAGUCCUUUACAAGGGCUGUGAGCGACGCUCAGGCCCGCACGCAGGGACUGUAGACGAUCGAGUCUCGUUGCCUGCAUCAGAAAAUGAUAAGUACUCGUUAUACUUGACCUGUGUGACGCCUUAUACAGUUGACGGCCGACUCAGGUCGACCAGUUACAAUACCCAUAGAGCCUACGGUAGCUCAAUGGCAGCCCACAACCCUGUAACUUAUGCCUACUAUUACUGAUGGAAUAACAAGCUUGCAAGAAGGUAGAUAUGGGAUUGUUGAUCUUUUCUAUUGUUAUUUGCAUAAUAUAACCAUCUUACUGUGUUUCUCACUACACGGCAUAACCCAGAAUUAUCCCAAUCACUGAUGCCAGUCACCGUUUGCACGCUG